AUGUACGAUAAUUGGCCAGGUGAAUGGACAGCAUUGAAGAGUUCGCCAGGCAUUAGUAGAUUCCUAUUUGCACGGGUACCAAUCUUGGAAGUAGAUGGAGUGACCAUUGCGGAAAGCCAAGCCAUAGCCCGAUUUCUCGCCAGACGGCAUGGUAAGGAGUUAAUGUUUAUUGUGAUGAUGUAUAUUCUUUUCUAUCACAGGGUGGAUGGAAUUCUAGGGGUUUAUAUGCUGAUGACGUUUUUGGAUCAAGCAAAGAUCGACAUGAUAACAGACACAAUGAAAGAUAUAUCGGAAAAGCUACGUGACAUAUGGUUUGCCAAGGAGAAUAAACAGAAAUUGAUGGACAAAUACUUUAACGACGUCUUCCCUUUGUUAUUACAAGGACUUGAACGUGUAUUGAAAGAAAACAAUGCUGGGGAUGGAUACUAUGUCGGAGAUAAGGUGACGCUCGCUGACUUGUCAUUUGCCGAUAUAUGCUACUGUAUGAUGAAACUGCGACCAGAUGUUUUGAAAGAUUUCCCCAAAUUAGAUUCAUUGAAGAAACGCGUUGAGAGUCGACCAAGAAUUGCGGAGUGGAUGAAGAAGAGACCUGAAUCGAACAUAUAA